AGCCAACACAUGACACUUGUCUUGCUGGCUGCAACACAAAUAUGGUAAAAUCGAUUAAAAGAGGCACAAAAUGACACAUUCAUUACAUUUACUAAUAUCAUCCAAAUCUUACCUAUAGGCAAAGGAAGGAUGGGGAAGUACGAUUACAAGUUAGUGUUACUGGGGGAUCAAAGGGUCGGCAAAACCAGCAUUAUCAAUCGUCUCAAGUACGGUAAAUUCAAAGACAAUUAUGAGCUGUUCGACGAAUUCUAGGGCUUGAAUUUAGGGCAAUGUAUGAGAAAAGUCGAUCGCAGGGUACAAUAGGAGUAGACUUUAUGACCAAAAGAGAGCGGUAUGAAGACUGGAAUUUUCGUCUGCUCAUGUGGGAUAUAUCUGGACAAGAGAGAUUUCAAAGCAUGGUACCCAAUUUCAUCAGAAUUUCUCCUGUUGCUCUUAUUGUCUACGAUGUUUCCGAUAAGCAAACAUUUAUAAACACAUCCAAGUCGGUUGCACAAGUUCGUGCAGAAAGAGGAAGCAAUGUCGUUAUUGUUCUUGUUGGUAACAAGACCGACCUUGUUGACAAAAGGCAAGUUACAACAGAGGAAGGGGAUAAUAAAGCUCGUGAGUUUGGUGCUUUGUUCAUGGAGACAAAGAUGGGUUCAACAUUCAGCCUUUGUUCUCUAAGAUCGGAUCGGCUUUAUAUAGAAACGAGGUAGUUUCUUUGGUGGGCAAAAUCAUCUCAGGCAGAGCAUCAAGGAGAGAGCUCAGCAAAAUC